GUCUUUGGGAACAGGAAUCUCCCUCUUAUGUAAACAGGUUUUCCACGGAGAGGUCUGCUCAGUCCGCCCCGUCGCGUCACGCACACGCACGAGAACACGCCAAUGUUCUGCUGCGGCGGCUGCUGCCACAUGAACAGCAGCCCACAUCCCGGACACUGCCCGAGUCCGCGAGCCACUCACAACCCGGAUAUGCGGAUCCCAUUGAGGGGAAAGGGGAUCGCAUCAUGAGGGAGGACACGAUGGAAGUUGUGGAACGGAGGAAGAAGAGAGAUGGAGAGACCUCCGCAACCCCCCGCGUCUGCUGAACGCGCCACGCUCCACGAUCAGCUGGAGGUCUACCGGCAGGCGGCGCCAGCGAUGCCCGCCCCCCAGGGUCUGCUGCUCUUCCUGGGCGUUCUGAUGAUGAUGGUGGGCGGCUUCCUUGCGCUCUUCAUGGGCCGGUCAGCCCCUCUGCUGGUGCUCGGUCUCUUCCUGGCGCUGGGGGGCGUGAGCCUGCUGGUGGCUGGACUCUGCAUGGCCAUGAAGAACUUGCAGGUGGCCGUACCGGGACACUUCCUGCUGCACCCCCGUACUGGCACCCGCUUCAGCCCGCAGCAGGCGCUCUCCAUCCAGAGGAGGCUAGACCGAAUUCGCAGAGAGAUUUCUGAGGACUCAGUCUGCAGACGACCUGAGCCCGAGGCCUCCCUCCCCUCCACCCCUCCCCCAUGGACCAUGGAGCCGCCUCCGUCCUACGACACGGUGAUGAAGAGCCAGGAGAGCGCCGCGCAGCUUUGAUGUCUCUGGUGGACAAACCUUCCAAUUCCAUUCCCAACUCAACGAGCAGCGACGCCUUCGCAGACUGUGACCCAAAGGAUGAUUCUGGUACCUUUGUAUCUGGGUCACAUUUUUAAAUAGAGUCAAAACUCUAUUUUCAGCAAACGUUUAAAAAAAACACACACACACAGACAAAGGGCUUGUUGUUGUCACCAAAAUCUUUUAAUAUCUCAAAGUGAUGACUUAAAUACACUUUUCUAGCAGGAAGUGUUUUUGUACGUGUGACAGUAUUAAGCAGUGAGCAAUGACAUCAGUCAUCAGAGGUUAAAAUUCAUUUUCCAGAUCACUGCUCUGAAGGGUGAAGCUCAGUGUUUUGACAUAACUACACAUGCAAGUAGCUGAAGCAGGGAAAGGUACAGGACACAAGCAAAAAGGGCAGGAAACCGAUGAGCACGAAGAAGCAGAACAGUGAAACUGCAAGUCAAAGUAGUGCCAUCAGAAAGAACUUGGAGAUGGGAACAAAUAUUGGCAGAAAAGAGUGGAUACUCAGCAAAACCUACGAGUGAAAAAAGUGAAAAUAUUUUUUUCGUUUGAGAUGAAGCAAGUGUUGGAAAGUGAUGGAAAGAAAAACAAGGAAGACAACGAAUGUUGUGAGAUGGAAUGCCAGUGGCUGUGACUCAGGAAUGGGCGACUGACUCAAAUAUUCUGAACUGGGACUGUUUUGUGCUCUUAUUUCUGUCUGUGUUUUGUUGUUAUUGUUUGUUUGUUUGUUUGUUUUUGUCAUGUGGUUAUCUCUUGUGUGUGUCUGUCUGUCCAGUAGCAUUUUAUACUUCAUUUGUUUUUGUGAGUCUGCAUGUGAGUCAGUGUGUUUUUGUGGCUGUGCUUUAGAUAUGUCUAUGUUUUAUCUGAAUGUGCCCUUUUUAAAUGUUCAUGCUUGUGUGUGCUUUUCAUUCUUCCCCAAUGGCUUUGUUUUAUUCGCCCCUGAGCUCUUUGUAUGUGGUUUUACUGUCAUGAGUCGGAAGCAUUUUUGUCUGUGUGUGUUUUUGUCGUGAUUCUUCUAAUGUAUGUUUCUUUUUUUGUCUUUUCUGGGCACAGCUGUAUGCAACUUUGGUGAUGAUGAUGAUGAUGAUGUGGUCGAAGUAAAAUUUAGAUGAAACUUUUAGUGGCUUUAGUGGUGACAUAAACAAGCUCCAAAACCCUGUGUCAUAGUUCAGCCAACAGUUCCCAGUCCCCACAGUAAAUGUGAUCUCCAAAACACUCCACCAUCGAAGGUACCACGAUUAUCUUGAGAAGGGCAAACUGAUUUGAGAGUCGCAUGGUAAAAGACUCUUUCCGCACGUUGUGACCGGACGCAAGACGAAAUUUAGUGAAACCCUCAGUUUCAUGAACCACAACUUUAGUGUGAGAACAUCAUUACGGAAGCGUGAAGAGUUUUGAUCUUGGCCUCCUGCUGAUACCUAAGAUGACUAUUUUACUGCUUGAAUCCAUGUGACCUACUACUGUGGCUGCACUGCGCUCAUCUUCCUCACUGUUUCUAGCCGCUCUGUCUGUCACGACUUUGCACGAGAUCCAUCAGCAGCUCACUGCAAUGCAAAGUGCCUUAAUCUUUGACAGCUGAAUGUCAACAAUACAGUGUUGUUGCUGCGUUUGUGUCUUCAUACAUGUAAACCUAAGCUAUGAUGUAACGGAUGCGAGACCAUUCUUUGCAUUUAUACAACUGGCACCCGGCCAGCUGAAUAGCCUUAAUUCAACCUAGAAACUGUCUUGGAUGGGGACUUGUAUUUACACAACCGUCCUGACAACAAAGAGACAUUUUUUUUGGACAAAUAUUUCUUUUCGUCAUUAGAAUCACAACUGUAGCACUUAAUAUAAUCUACAUCAGUUGCAUGCCAUUCAUCAAUAUUGACAACUGUGUCUGUGACAAUGGAUUUAAUUCACAUUUAAAAGCAUAAAAUGUGUUAGAAUUGGACAAUUCCAUCCAACACUACUGAAGUGGAGGCCAUGUGACUGAGCAACCAUUCAAAGUAACUGUGUUUGUUUAGUGUUAUGACACGUUUGUAAAGCUUUUUAAUAAAU